AUGGUGCCUUCAAUUGGAGCAAAGUCCCGGUCACCAGAAGCUGCCAAAGUACAAGUUGAUGAGAAGUUCUCGUUUUACGAACGAACUUACCUUUGCGAUCGUGGGGGCUUAUUUCGGGGAGAAAUACCUGAAAAUAUUGUAAAAAGCCGAAAAAUAUCGUGCCCAGUAACAAUGGUAGUUCGAAUACUAAAAAAAUAUAAUGCAAUUUCUAUUAGAAAGAUCAACUUAAAACAUGACCAUCCACCUGAAUAUAUUACUCUUCCAGCUCCGAACUCAUCAAAGAGAGCGUGUGAUGAUGAUAUGUCCUUAGGUGAAAGAUUAGAAUCUUUAUCAGAUCCCAAGAAAAUUAAAGGUUACAUACAGUUAUUGGAAAAAAAGCUUGAAACAAUGAAAGAAAGUGAAAUUCAAAAAGAAAAACCUUCAACUUCUACCAGUAAUACCAAAUCUAUAGUUAAUAGCAGUGAGGAAGAAUUUCAUUCAGAAGAAGAAAGAAGCAAAAGACUCGAGGAAUUGAGAAAGAAAAAUAAAGAAUUAUCUAAAAAAGCUAAACUUUUACAAUCAAAAAGUAAUACUGAAAUAAAAAUAAACAGAAUGAUCAAGUGGCUCAAAAUCAACAAUGAAAUAAAUUUACAGAAUAUCCUUAAAAAAAAUCAAAAAAUCCAGUUAACAGAUUUAGAUCUCACAAGAGUAAUUAGAGACAGUUUUACAUAUAAGAAAUAUGAUAUUGAUCUAUUACAUGAAUAUAUAUCAGAAGAUGCAAUGAAACAUAUAAAAGAAAAAAUUGCAGUACAAAAAUUAAACAAAACGUGGAACUGCCCAAUUUGCGAAAAUAAUGAAGAUACAAAUGAAGUUCGCUGCGAUGAAUGUUUUGUAUGGAUUCAUUUUCAGUGUCUUGGAUUAAAGAGUGCACCAACAACAGGAAAAUGGGACAUGAGAUGCAUCCGAGAUAAUCUGACAAGAAACAAAUGUCCCGGAAAAGGAUCUCUCAUUAAAGGGGUAUUUUAUCGAGAUGAAAGAGAAAAAUACAAACAUAAUCAUCCUAAAGAUGAUACACUUGUCAAAAAACAAACGUGCCAACAAAAUAUUGAUAAUAUGGCAAAAAUUCCUUUUGUCGAACCGAGCCAAAUUAUUAACUACGUCAAAUCUAACGAACUAGUGCCGCAAUCUAAAACGUUUUGCGCUCUUCGAAAGCAAGUUCAGCGCUCAAUACAAGCUAAUAACCCAGUUGCAACAAAUAUCAAACUAUCAGAUAAAAACAUUGACGAGUUCGGGAAGCUGAUUGAAGAAUCAAAAUCACAGCUCCAGUAUGGGAAUAUGAAAAAAUUUCAGCUUACUGGAAAGCAUUUCCACAUUUCCAUAAAUAAGCCGCAUGGAGAAGUGGUCCAAGCGACGAAUGUGUUGAUUUAUGAUAGUGAAUUUAUAGAACUAAUCAGCCCUCACAUAGAAAAUAUAUUCGUGGAUGCUACAUUCAAAGCUUUUCCAAGCUUAAAUGUGCACAAAGGCCAGCUACUAACAAUAAUGGCUGAAAUUAAAAAUCAAAAGGCAGUACCAUUCAUUUGGGUACUGAUGACAAACAAAUCUACAGAAUGUUAUCAGCAAAUUUUCCAAUAUAUUGCUGAUAAUUUUGAAAAUUUAAAACCUAAACAGAGCAUGUCCGACCAUGAGUUGGCGAUCCGGAAAACACUUAAACUAGUGUUUCCGGAGAUUCAGGUACGGACAUGUUAUUUUCAUUAUGUGCAGGCUGUAAUAAAAAAUGCUCAAAAACAUAAAAUAAUUGAUACUACAAUACCUGUUCAUGAGGUUCCAGAACUUUACCUAAUAUUACGGCGGCUAAAAUAUUUAGCAAUAUUACCAUCAAAUUUGAUAAUACCAACUUUUCAACUGAUAAAGUCGAAGUGUAAAGAAAAUUUUGGAACGUUCUUCGACAGUUAUCUUGAUUAUUACGAGAACCAAUGGAUAAAAAGUGAAGGUCCUAGUCAAUUUUCAGUAUACCGACAAACAAAACAUCGAACAGAUAAUAUUGUAGAAUCUUAUCAUAAAAAUUGA